ACAGUUUCUACUACAACAACAAAUACUUUUACGAAAAAAGCUUUUAAAACUUAUCUAGUUUCGUUUGAUACACAUUUGAAGAAAGAAAUGGCAUCCAACCAACAGAGCUACAAAGCUGGUGAGACCAGAGGCAAGGCCCAGGAGAAGACUGGACAAGCUAUGGGAACGAUGAGGGACAAGGCUGAGGAGGGCCGGGACAAGACUUCUCAAACGGCCCAAACAGCCCAACAGAAGGCCCAUGAGACAGCCCAGUCAGCUAAAGAUAAGACAUCUCAAACUGCCCAAGCGGCUCAGCAGAAGGCCCAUGAAACGGCCCAGUCAGCAAAAGAGAAGACAUCUCAAACUGCCCAAACGGCACAGCAAAAGGCCCAUGAGACGACGCAAGCAGCAAAAGAAAAGACAUCUCAAGCUGGCGACAAAGCUCGCGAGGCCAAGGACAAGGCCGGGAGCUACUUAUCGGAGACAGGCGAAGCCAUAAAGAACAAGGCUCAAGACGCUGCUCAGUAUACAAAGGAGACGGCUCAAGGUGCGGCACAGUACACAAAGGAGACGGCUGAAGCCGGUAGAGACAAGACGGGUGGAUUCUUGAGCCAGACUGGUGAGCAUGUUAAGCAAAUGGCAAUGGGUGCAGCUGAUGCAGUGAAGCAUACUUUUGGGAUGGCUACUGAGGAAGAAGACAAAGAGCAUUAUCCAGGAAGUACUACUACCACUACUGCAACUACUCGAACCACUGAUCCGACUCAUCAGACUUAUCAGAGGAAGUGAUGAGAAAACAAAAUUGAGAACGAUAUGAAAGUAUCUUUGUGUUAGUUGGUCUUUUGAGUUUUGUGUUUGUGUUUUUGUAAUUUCCGUUGUGUCUUUCUUUAUGGUUGUGGUUCAGCUGUGUUUCUUGUUGUGACGGUGAUCCUGGAGACUUCUAAUUUCCAGCCAAUAAGUUUAGAUUUGAUCCUGUUACAACUUAUGUGUUCUCAAAUUUCUAUUUUUGUUACAAUAAACAGUUAUUAAUACACAUCAUGGUCC